GUCUAUGGAUCGUGUCCAUUGUUUUUCUACAAUGUUAUUUUUCUGACUGCUGCUGGUGCACGAAAUAUUUGUCUCGCUGCGUCGAGUGUGACUUUGUGCUAGUGUUCGUGUUCGAUAUAGUGAUUUAUUAGAAAUAGAUCACGAAGAUGUCGUCACCGAGCGCUGGAAAACGUCGUAUGGACACAGAUGUCAUCAAACUCAUUGAGAGUAAGCAUGAAGUUACAAUCCUUGGAGGACUUAACGAGUUCUGUGUGAAAUUCUUUGGACCUCCAGGAACUCCGUACGAGGGCGGCGUAUGGCGCGUGCGAGUUCACUUACCCGACCACUAUCCAUUCAAAUCUCCAUCCAUUGGUUUUAUGAACAAAGUGUACCAUCCCAACAUAGACGAGGUGUCGGGCACUGUUUGUCUUGACGUCAUCAAUCAAGCCUGGACAGCCCUAUACGAUUUAUCGAACAUCUUCGAGUCGUUCCUGCCGCAGCUGCUGACCUACCCCAACCCCAUCGACCCGCUGAACGGCGACGCGGCCGCCAUGUACCUGCAUAAGCCUGAGGAGUACAAGAAGAAAGUCUCUGACUACGUGCGAAGAUUUGCCACAGAAGAGGCGCUCCUAGAGAAGGACGCGAUCACUGGCAUGGGCGGCGCGACCGCCUCCGGCAACAUGAACGGCGCGCACUCCAGCGACUCUGAGAGCUCUAUGAGCGACUUCAGCGACGACGCCGCGCACGAUAUGGAGUUAUAACGUCAGCCGCCCGCUGCCCGCACGCGUCCGGUACGGCGCGCGCGUCCGACACGUCACGUGCGUCCGGCACGUCACGCGCGCCCGGCACGUCACGCGCGCGCUCGCCCCGUGUAGCCGUCGCGGUGUUCACAGCCACGCCGGGAAGAGAGAUAGGUAAGCUACUGUUCUGCUCUUUUAUUUCAGUUUCUUUGUCGCAAUUUUAAAUUAUCUUCUAAAUUCAAAUUAUUUCGUUAUUAUCUAUGGUAUUUUGAGUUGUGGUGCUACCGGACUGCGAUAUGGCAAUACUGGUUUUAUAGCUUUCUAGUGGAAUCGCAAGCAAUGUAUAAGUUGGUUUUGUGCAAUUUUUAGAAUUGGUAGUUUUUAAUAGUUUUAAUAUUGGUAUAACGAAGUAAUGUUUUUUUUAAUUAAACAAUUUUUAUUUUAAGAUAUCAAAACAAUCUAGAUCUAUUGAAGAAAGGAUUUAAAUCAUAAAUAUAUAUAUCAAAAGAAGUGUUUUCUCAUAACGAAUGGUUUCUUAAAUGUCAAAAGGACAUUUCUUAAUGUUGCCAUUGAAAAUUAUAAAACUACCAAUUUUAAUUUGAAAUUGCGGCAAAAGUUGGUUUGUCACUAAACAUAGCUAUACUAAGCUAUUUUUUUCUCUCUUCCUAUAAAAGGUGUGCCACCAAUUUAAUAGUGUUUAACUAAGAUUUUUAUUAUAUCAGUGGACACUGCCGCGACCGCACACACAAUCCGCUUUGUUCGUGAAAAGCUACGCAAUUGCUAUUAUAUGCAACUGUGAUACAUUUCUUAGUAAAACAUAUCAAAUCCAUCGAUGAAAUCUCAUUGUUUCUGAUUCAAUGAGUCUUUAUUUUAAUAAUUAUGUUUCCUUCCAAUUUAUCCGUUUUCAUUUCUAAUUAAUACAUAUAUGAAAGUCUUGUCAAUUCUGGUCUUUUUUUUAAAUGUCAUGUUUUUUUGCAUUUGAAUACCAUUAACAUUGCGUAACUUUUCACGGACAUAGCGCAUCGUGUUCAAAGCCAGUACUUAUAUAAUCUGUAUACAUCUGACGCCGUGUUCUGUCAGUCAGUGGUAAAUCUGAUACAGUUUAUAUUAAUGGACCACAAAAUGCCAAUUUUAGAGAAUUAGUUUAGCAUCGAAAGCUCAUAUGUAAUUAAAUUUGUUGAGGAGAACAUGAAGUGGAAAUUUUGGAGCCUUUACUCUUUGGAUCGUAAAAAAAUACAAAGAAUUGGUUGGUUUAAAAAGUUAUGAAUUGUCUAUGGCUUGUCUUCGGUCGCAUAGUGUAUCUAACGCUUAAGAUUAGAAUUAUAUUAGAAAGAGUGUUCACGGUUUGGAGUAAUUUAAAUAAAUAUGAAUUAUUCGAUGGAUUUUUGGCUUAAUCACUAAAUUUAAGUAUAAUACAGGUUGUCAAAAUUAACAAUUUUUUAAUGUACAAGUACGUUCGUAUUUUAUAAGAUAAAUCAUAUUAAUUACCUCAAAGUUUUUCGAAUCACGCUACUAUAUUGAACUGAGUUACCUUUUUAAAUUGUGUGCUAGGUAUAUAAUGAUGUAACCUUGUAUUUGUCGACACUGUGGAGCAUAUAUAUGUAUAUAUACAGUUAAAGUUAUAUAAUACUGGCGAGGAUACAGGAGUGGGCGAGAUAGCACUUUGUAAAUAUCUUCAGUCUGUCCCCAUAGCAUAAAUCCAACUUUAUCUAUCGUCCCUCGAAGCGGACUACAGUCAUCACUAUAUCUCAUAGGUAAUUAAUUUUUUUAUAGUAGAGAUAAUUUUUAAACGAAUGAUGUCAUGAUUCUUUUGUGUUUUGUCCAAUCUUCCUCUGACAAACUUUUGGUAGGAUUGUUUUAGUUGAUGGCAACACUCAAAUUUAUUUUCAGUCUGUCGCACCGAGGUCAUUUAAAAGGAUAAUAAUUGUCUAUGGUUAUAGAAUGCUUGUUAUAAAAGAUUACUAUUGAAAAAUACGUCGAUUAGAAACGAGGUUGAGAAAUUUUAAUGCUACCAUUUUGUACUUAGUGUAGUUGACCCUUUUGCUUAUGAAUGUUUUUUUUAUUUCUUAGCACAAUCAAUUUGUAACAUUAUUUUUGUAUUAAUUGCAUGAAUUUCUAUUAAAACAACAAAUUAGUUAUAUCGAUUUUAAGCUAGUUGCGGUCAUAACUCAAAGUCGCCAGUAGUCCAUCUUCUGAUUACUUGAAGAUGCGACUACUGACUAACGAGGCUACCUCUUACGGCUAACGCGCAAACAUUGCACUACACAAUAACAUUUUCCCGCGCAAUGUUCGCUGACAACCAAAUAAACUAGCAUUUUCUUCGGUGAUGGCGAUCCUUAGUACUGCCAGAUUACCUUUGGCCAGUUUUGGCAUGUUCUUUUUGGCAAAUAACAUAAAAAACAAUGUACAUGAUUCAUUUUUCGAAAAGCUGCCAAAAAUUAUCGUGUAUUUCCUAAAUAUCAAACUGAUUAACGUAUAACUUCGAUUUUUCAAGUGUAAUUAUCAAAGAGUAAAUAAAAAAAUCAAUUUUAUCAAAAUGUCUUAAAGAACAUCUCAAAAUAAACGAAAUAGAUCUCUAAAAAUGACAUGUUGCCAACCUAAAAGUGUUGCAAUCGUCUUUAUAUUAAGUCUAGGUUACGUAUAGAUAUAAUAUGAAAAAAAAAAUAAUAUUAAAAAAAAACAUAUAUAAUGUAUCUUCAAAAUGAUAACUCAAGCCAUAAUAAUAUAUUUUGGUAUUAGGAGAUAACAAGUUAAAUUCUUAGUUUGUACGGAAAGUUGGGUUGACAGGUAACUUAUUUCGUAGUUAAUUUUAUAUUUGGUAGUUUUCAUGAACUUACACAUGUCCACCCAGCUUUUUAUCUGAUUGCACAGAUGUUAGUGUUUAAAAUCGAUGUGUUAUCGAAUGCCUGCAAAAGGUAUUCACAGAAAUGGUUUUAGGUCGAGAAAUUGUUUGUCGGUAUUUUUAGUGUGAUACGAAAAAUUGAAUCAAGUUUGAAAGAUAAAAAUAAUAGAUCAUGAGACAAUAAGUUUUAAUAUGAUUUAAAAGUUAAUACCGAUAUAGUUCACAUAAGUUUGUACUUUGUUUUUAUCUUCAUUGACGAAACCUGGCAACAUUUGUAAUACCUCACUAUUGUCUGUGGCAACUGAGUUUAUCGAAACAUUGUACGCCGAUAAUUUUGGCAUCCAUUGUAUGAAUAUAACAGAAUAAAGGUUUAUAGAUUAUUUUUUAUUUCAUUACAUGUAAUAAACUUACGUUAUUUUAAAC